AGAGACUUUAACCGAUUCACAGACCAAACCUCUCUUUCUCUUGAAGCUCUCGACCAAGCAGAGAACGGAAUCGCUACUUUAGUUUCUCUGUUCACCGAAGUACAUCAUAACAUUUCAAAGUGUUUUGAGUAAUUGGGAAUUUAAGGAGAGAUGAACAAUAAUAGUGGAGGGAUGCAAGAUGCUUUGAGCAUUGAUGAGAAAGAAGAUUUAGGAGACAAAGAUGAAGUCAUGAUCCGUCGAAUGAAGAACAGGGAAAGGCAACGUAGGUAUAGAGCGAGGAAGCGGAUGCGUGAAGAAGCAGGUAUCGAUGAAAAUCUUUCAUUUGAGAUCAUGGGACAAGAAGAAGAAGAAGAAGAAGAAGAAGAGGAGGAGGAACUAGAGUGUAAUAAUGGUUAUGUUGAGAACUUUGUGCGGCGUGUUUAUUGCGAUAGAGAUUGGAAAAAAGAAGCUAGGAGAGCUCAUUUGAUAAUGGAAAAGGCUGGAGAUGGUUCUUGUGUAUUGGUUAAGCGGAAGCUUUGGCCGCGUCGAAGAGAUUGGAAAGCUGAAGCUAGAAAGAAGAAAACUUGAUAAAAGCCUGCAGAUUUCAUGAGGACUAGUCGGUUUUGCUUAGAGGAUCUUGCAAGGGUUAAAUGUAAGCAGUUUCAUUUAAGACUGGAUUUGAUUGAAGAAGAUAAAGCACAAAUGAAACAUCUUUUGAGAUUACCAUCUUUUCAAUAUUUUGUUUCUUCUUGUUGUAGAUAUUGGAAAUGAUAAAAGAGUGGUCUUGCUAUUUGCUUGUCUGUGUAUUUGAAAAUCCAUACUUUAUGGGAAACAUAGGAUACCAAAUUACUAAUG